UUCUUUAAUUUCGUUAUAUCUUUUCAUUAUCUGCAAAUCAAUGGCAAGUGAGCAUAACAAUGGGGGAUCACCACUUGAUCUUAACGUCCCUUUUCUUCUUGACCAAAAUCAAAGCAAAUUACAGGAUUUAGAGGCACCUGCAAAUCAUGGUGAUGAUGUAAAUUUCAGAGCAGCCUCCUCUUUUUCCAAGACUUGUUUCAAUGGACUCAAUGCUUUAUCAGGAGUUGGGAUAUUAUCAACACCAUAUGCAGUGGCAUCAGGAGGAUGGAUGAGCUUGAUUCUUCUUUUUGCAAUUGCCACUGCAACAUUCUACUCAGCUUUAUUGAUUCAAAGAUGCAUGGUCUCCGAUUCCAACAUCAAAACUUAUCCCGACAUCGGCUAUCAAGCAUUUGGCAAGAAAGGGAGACUAAUAGUAUCGGUUUUGAUGCAUGUCGAGCUCUACUUGGUCGCCACCGGAUUUCUCAUUCUCCAAGGAGAUAACCUGCAGACUCUGCUACCGAGCGUUGAGCACUUCGAGUUUGCAGGGCUAACCAUCGGUGGGAAACAAGGAUUCAUCAUAAUCGUUGCCCUCAUAAUUCUGCCUACUGUCUGGUUGAAUAACUUGAGCCUUCUUUCUUACAUCUCUGCAACUGGGGUUUUAGCUUCUUUAACCAUCAUCGGUUCAGUUCUAUGGACUGGUGCAGUUGAUGGAAUCGGGUUUCAACAAAAGGGAAAGUUGGUGAAUUGGGAUGGAAUCCCCACUGCUGUCAGCUUAUUUGCCUUUUGUUAUUGUGCACAUCCGGUUUUCCCUACCCUUUACACUUCAAUGCAGAAAAGGCAUCACUUCUCCAAUGUUAUGGUUGUAUGCUUUAUCUUCUGCACCGUAUGUUAUGCAUCGAUGGCAAUUCUCGGGUACCUAAUGUUCGGAUCAGAUGUUCAGUCACAGAUAACAUUGAACCUUCCGACUAACAAGCUAAGCUCAAGAAUUGCAAUUUACACCACAUUGGUGAACCCCAUAUCUAAAUAUGCAUUGAUGGUCACGCCGAUCAUCAAUGCUACGAAAGCCCGGUUUUCAUAUCACUGCAACAAGCGAUUCCUCCACCACUUGAUUGGGACAACCGUGGUGAUCAGCACCAUGUUGGUGGCUCUGGUGGUCCCCUUUUUCGGUUCCCUCAUGUCCCUGGUUGGUGCAUUUUUAAGCAUCACUGCUUCUGUCAUACUCCCGUGCGCAUGUUACUUGAAGAUUACAGGGAGUUAUCAGAAAUUCAAUGGUGAAAUGGUUGCUUUAAGCCUCAUAAUUGUAAUGGGUGUUAUUGUGGUUAUAUUCGGUACGUACACAUCUCUUGUAGACAUAAUUGGCAAUUUAUAACUUAACAGUUUUGAAAGUCCA